GGCAAAUACCCUUUGUCUCUCUCCCCUCUCUCUCAUCAUUUUCUCACUCACCUUUAUGUCACUGUUCUGCAGGGUCUCUCUCUCUUUCUGACAGGCACUCUACUAUAUAGCUAGGGUUUUUGGAGAGAUAUAUUCCUCGUUGAACUCUCACAUCCCACACACACACACACACCCACAACUGACAGAACCAAGGGGGGGAUAUGGCCAUGUGGGUGUGACUGAUCAUUCGACUUCGGGCUUCAAACAGACAGUCAUGUCUUGAAAGAGUUAAAGAGAGAGAGAGAGAGAGUUUAUCAGAGAGGGGAGUUGCGUGGGAGGAAGAAAAAAGAAGGAAAGGUAAAUAUGGCACUGUUUGUUCACGUGUGUUCACGAGAAUGAAGUUUAGAUGGCUUCUUCGAGCUAUUCCAAUCCGCCGUGCGCGGCCUGCAAGUUCCUCAGGCGGAAAUGCCUGCCUGACUGCGUGUUCGCCCCCUACUUCCCGCCCGAGGAGCCCCAGAAGUUUGCCAACGUACACAAGAUCUUCGGCGCAAGCAAUGUGAGCAAGCUCCUCAACGAGGUCCACCCCAACCAGAGGGAGGAUGCCGUCAACUCUCUCGCCUACGAGGCCGAGGCCCGCAUGAAGGACCCCGUGUACGGCUGCGUGGGGGCGAUCUCAGUGCUCCAGCGGCAAGUCAUCAGGCUCCAGAAGGAGCUGGACGCGACCAACGCCGACCUGAUGCGCCACGCGUGCAACGAGAUGGCGAAUAACAGCACGCUCCCAGGGGCUAACCCCGGCCACAACUACUCCGGAUCACCGAGAGGGUCGUCUAGAUUCAACGAGAACAAUCCUGGGUUCUAUUACCCUUCUAACUAUAAUCCGUGGUCCGGUGGCCCCAGUGGAGAUCAUGAUCAGGGAGGAGGAAGUUCUGUCUAAGAUUAUUUGUGUGCGCAAGUUAUGAUGUGUGGUUCUAGGGUUUCUGGAGUAUUAAGUACUGCUGGGCAGAUAUGGUCAUAUGGAUAUGUGGUGUGUGUAUAUAGUGGGAUAUGAUACUCCUGGUGGGUAAAAGUCGAUCAGUUGGCGACUGUUCUUCUGCUGUUGGAUAGUGUGAUGGAUGAUUGGUUGCUAAAUAGUUGUGGCUUAUUGGAUUGGAAUUGUGGGCAGCAGCUCUGUGUUGGUUGA